AUGCGUAGUCAGUACGAACAACGAAACGAAAGAAUAUCACGGGAUUUCGAUCGAGAUAAUGAUGCUAGUUUUAAUUCAACAUCAACAUCAACAACAACAUAUCGAUCAGCAGUUAGUCCACGUGUAACAAAUGUUCGAUCACGUCCAACAGGUUUAGGUGGUUCUAGUGGUAGUAGUACAAGAAUGUUUCAAAGUUAUUUACAAACAGGUAGUGGUAAUGGCUUUGGACAAGGUCUUGCUUCUUUAGCACAUUUUUCUGGUGUACCCACACGUGGUGGUGGCGGUGGACUUGGUGGCAAUACAGCCAUUGUAAGCAUUAAUAAUGCUCGACAACGUGAUAAACGGGAUUUAGAAGUUUUAAAUGAUAAAUUUGCACAAUAUGUAGAAAAAGUGCGAUUUUUAGAAGCACAUAAUCGAAAAUUAAACAUGGAAUUGGAAGUUUUACGAAGUCGUUCAGGACAAGGUUCAUCACGUAUUAAAGAAAUGUAUGAUAUUGAAAUGGCUGAAGCAAAUAAACUUAUUGAUGAUACAAAACGUGAUGGUGCUGCUGCUAAAGCUAAAGCAGCACAACUUGAACAAGAAGUAAAACGUCAAGAAGCACGACGAAAUGAAGUAACUGCAUUACAGCAAACGGAUCGACGUGAAAUCGAUGCUCUUCAACAAAGAAUAGCUGAAAAUGAAGCUCAAAUAAAUUUAUUUCGUCGUCGUAUGGCUGAUCUUGAAGAUGAAUCUCGACGUUAUAAAGCUGAAACUCAACGUAUAUCAUCUGAAAUAGCUCGUCUUCAAAAUGAAAUUCAAAAUGAAUUAUUUAUUAAAGCUUCAUGUGAAGUUGAAAAACUUUCUUUGGAAGAUGAUUUAGCUAAUCUUAAACAUUUACAUGAAGCUGAUUUAGCUGAACUUCGUUCUCAAAGUGUAUCAAAUGAUCUUGAUCCAUCACAAUUUUUUCGUAAUGAAUUAGCACAAUCAAUCCGAGAAAUUCGUAAUGAUUAUGAAACAGCUAUGGAAAAUCGAAGAAAUGAUUUACAAAAUCGUUAUUUUCUCUUUGUUAAUGAAACUACAAUUCGUACUCAAUCACCUGCUUCAAAUUCAGUAUUCUCUGUUCAACAACAAGUACAAGUUGAACAUGUACGUAAUGAAUUAUUACAAGCACAAAAUCAAAAUGCUCAUCUUCGUGCUAAAAUUCAAGCAAUACAAAAUUCUAUUACUAAUUUACGACAAAACCUCAAAGACAUACAAGAUGGAGAUGCUGAUGCAAGAGCUAAAGGUGAACGUGCUCUCGAUGACGCUCGACGUCGUUUACAACAAGCUGAACAAGAAUAUACAACAGUUAUGGAAUUCAAAACAUCACUUGAAAAAGAAAUUAAUACGUAUAGAAAAUAUCUUGAAGGUCCGGACGGUCUUCGAGUAUGUGUUGAUCGAGUUGUACAAGAUGCUGAACAACAAGCACUUGUAAAAUCUAAUGCCAAUGCAUUUCAAAAAAAUAAUCGCUUCGGUGGUGGUGGUGGUGGUGGUGGUGGUGGUGGUAGUUAUGGCGGUGGUGCUGGCAGUAGUUAUGGCGGUGGUGCUGGUGGUUAUGGUGGUGGUAGUUAUGGUUUUGGUGGUGGUGCUGGUGGUGGUUAUGGUGGUGGUGCUGGCAGUAGUUAUGGUGGCGGUGCUGGCAGUAGUUAUGGUGGUGGUGGUGGUGCCGGCAGUAGUUAUGGCGGUGGUGCUGGUGGUGGUGCUGGCAGUAGUUAUGGUGGUGGUGUUGGCAGUAGUUAUGGCGGUGAUGCUGGUGGUGGCUCAACAACAAUUUCACGCACUGUUAUUAACUCAACUGGUUCAAAUAAUGGAGGUUCCGGUUCAGGUCCCACUAUUAGUAAUCUUGUUAACCGAUCAUCGGCUACACCAAGUGCUUAUCAAUCGUCUUCAAGUACUUUUAGAAAUGCAGCAACACAUGAUGUUUCAGGCCAAGAAAGUUCAACAGCAGAUAAUACACUUCGUGAUGAAACAGAUUAUAAUAGUUCAUUCCGCGAUAAUUCUGGACAAGAUUAUACAACUCCAGGUUAUACUGUUCGAAAUAGUUCGAAUCGUAGUAGUUUAAUACAACAAAGCUCCUCCGAUCGUAAUAAUUUAACACGAGAAAACUCCACCGUUCGUAAUAGUUUAACACGAGAAAACUCCGGCGUUCGUAGUAAUUUACCACGAGAAACAUUAUUACGUGAUGGUAGUUUUCAACGUGAGGGUAAUAAUGAUGACAAUCAAGAAUAUGAUCAUACAUAUGAAAACGUUGAUACUCUUUAA